AUGUUGGGAAGCGUGGAAUCUCAAAAGCUUAUUGCUCAUUUCAAAAAAACCUUCGUAGGCAAGUCUUAUGCGGCCCGGAAGAAAGGGCCGGGUAAUAUUUUUCACCAAGAAGAACUUCACCGCAUCUUUCAAUCAGAUUUGGCUCAGGGCAAGACUCUCCUGGAGGUGGGCGUCGGACCGUUGGUCUGGUAUUCUUUCAUGUCCUCUAAUCGAUUCAACGACAUUGUGCUCAGUGACUUGGUCGAAGACAACAGGAAGGAGCUGGAGAAGUGGCUGAACAAAUGCGAAGAUGCCAUCGAUUGGACAUACCGUGCCGAGCAAGUCGCUGCCUUAGAAGGCUAUAGCGACGUCAAGAAGGGGGCGUCCGAAAUAAUGGAGCGCACGCGUUCCUCCAUCCGGAAGGUGGUUCCCUGCAAUGUCCUGGAACCUGGAGUGCUCCCCGAAGAACACAAAGAAACCUUCGACGUCGUUCUUUCCUGCAACUGCCUGGAAAGUGCCACGGCGGACCACGAAUCCUUCCGAAGUGUGGUUAACAACGUCGGAUCACUUGUCAAACCCGGCGGCUUGUUCCUCCUGGGCGGUAUGAGUAGUGUGAAGAGUUUCUUUCCGAAAAAUAUCGGCGUUAAUGCGGAGGACCUCAGCGAGGAUCUGAUUAAAGGAGCAGUGACUAAUGCCGGGUUUCAAUUAAAAGUAUACCGCACCAAAAACAUUGAGAUUGCUGGGAACCCAGGUGCAUUCUCUUUUAUUCUAGCGGCCCGUAAGUCUUAA